AUGGAACCUUUUCAGCAUCAUACACAGAUUCAGAAUUAUAGAAGGAGACUUGGAAUGCCUUAUGCUAAUUUCAACUGUAAUGGUAAAAUUUGGUGUUUUGUGCAACACAAUAUAGAUGUUGAGGUUCUUUUGGAUACUGAACAAUCCAAUACUGUAAAGCUGAAGUUUCAAGAAUUGAAUAGAGAUAUGGUGGUUACAAUGGUCUAUGCUAAAUGUUCAGAAGUGGAGAGAUUGCAGUUAUGGAAUAAUUUAUACUUCUUGGCUAGUAACAUGACAUCUCCUUGGCUGAUUGGUGGAGAUUUCAAUGUUAUAUUGAAUGAAGAAGAAAAAAUAGGAGGUUUACCAAUAUUGCCACAAGAAUAUGAACAUUUUGCCUUUUGUCUGAAUUCUUAUGAGUUGCAUGAGAUGCCUUUCAAAGGGAGUCCUUUCACUUGGUGGAAUGGUAGGGCUGCCAAUGACUGCAUUUUUAAGAGAUUGGAUAGGAUUGUGCAUAAUGAUACAUUUCAGAAUUGGUUUGGACAGCUAGAAGUGGAACAUUUGUCAAGGACUGGUUCUGAUCAUGCACCAUUACUUGUGGAGCAUGAUACUUUUCUUGACUUUAUUAAGCAGCAAUGGGAAGCAGACUUAUCUCAUUUUCUGUCCUUUAAACUCAAGAUGAAGAAACUGAAAGUUGCUUUAAGUACAUGGAGUAAGGCUACUUUUGGGGACAUUUUUAAACAACUAGUCAUCAGAAAGGAUAUAGUUAACAUUAAAGAGCAUUUGUUUGAGGAGAACCCAUCUGAAGAAAAUAGAAUGGUCAUGUAA